AUGCUUAAUGUCUACUAUUUAAGAACUGCAAUAGUAAUCAUUUUAAUGAUUCUCGAAUUAAAAAGAAGCAAUUUUGAGGGCUCGGUAUGCGACUUAUCUAUUAAGAGUUACACAACCUUUCCUCACAAAUUUGGUUUUGAUGUAAUACAUCCCCCUAUUCAAAAGCGAUUAAGGUCUGCUCCAUUUUUUUUAAUGGAGUUCAUCAAUCAAAAACUUCUACGUGGAGUGAUAUUCCUACGAAAUAAGCAAUUACAACCUCUACAACCGUAG